UCAAUUCUUCGAAAGUACCAAUCGAAUACUUCAAGCAAAAUGUUGGUGGCUUCAGUUAUUCUCUGCUUGAUUGUUGGAUCUCAGGCAUCGGUACCUGGACUUUGCCCAAAUGUAAAGGGAGAAGUAACAGAUUUGAAUGAAAUAUUUGGAAGAUGGUACUUACAAAAAGCGAGCCGUAAUGUUGCUGAUUUUACUUUGAUAUGUACUGAACUAUAUUGGAAUCUACCUAACGAAUAUGGUUCAUCAAAUAUUGUCUACACUAGUUAUUCAAAAUUAACCAAGGAAUACGUAAAAUCUGUGUCUGAGGCAACGCUCAAUGACAGUGGAGUCACGAUCGUGUACCAUACACCAGUUGCAGGACCUAUGUCCGUAAACCGCUAUAUAUUUACUGACAAUCGUCGACAAUAUGGAAUAGUAUGGAGCUGUGAGAACAACGGAACUAUGCAUGAUGAAUCCGCCUUUUUCUAUUCGAAAAACCCAAGACCAAAUCGGGGGGACAUGCAACGAUUCAUAAACUAUAAAUUGGCUGUUCUCGGUCUCAAUAUACCGAAACUCGUAGAUGUUAACACGGAAUACUGCUAUUAAACUUUUUUCAAAUACUAAUUCUUUGUUUUGGUUUUCUCAUAAUAUACCAGACUUUUGAAUUUUUAAAUGAAUAAAUUGUAAUGAUGACUUA